AUGUCUUCCUUUGAAUCGUCGACUUAUGUUUCCGAACAGGAUGCAAUGACUGCACCACCUUUGAGACUUUUAUCGCUUGAUGGCGGGGGCAUUCGAGGACUAUCCGAGCUGAUCAUUCUUGACGAGAUCAUGAACUGUCUCAAAUACGCUCUCAAAUCUCCGGUCGAUUUACUACCAGCGGAUUAUUUUGAUAUGAUAUGUGGAACAAAUACUGGAGGUUUGAUCGUAUUGCUACUUGAACGACUUCGGUUUUCAACAGCAAAAGCAAUCAGAUGCUAUGCUUCAUUAGGGAAAGAAAUUUUUAAAAACAAAAGAUCGAAAAGUUGGCACGGUUACUCAUUUGAGUCAUCAAAUAUGGAGAGAGCAAUCAAAAAUUUGCUAGAAGUUAAAUAUGGGCAUGGCCAUGGCGACGACAGGAUGCUCGCGGACGAAGAAGAGAGUCGCCACUCGUGCAAAGCCUUCGUGUGUGCUGUCAACUCAAGCCAUAUGGAAGGGGACCCUACCAAAUUCCGUACAUGGUCAGUGGCAAAAGAUCGAAGUCUCAACUGCAAGAUUUGGGAAGCAGCUCGAGCAACUUGUGCAGCCCCUCGUUUCUUCCAAAGCAUCUUCAUUGAAGAGAAUGGGAUUGAUAAAGAUCCGAAUUCGCACAAACGAGGCCUGUUUUCCUGCAUUUUAAGUAUUGGUGCUGGCAUCCCCAAAGCUCUUGGCUUCACAAGACCAAAGUCAUUGAAGGAGAAAGUGGCUCCUAUGAGCCUUGCGGACGUCUUAAAAGGCAUGGCAACAUCAACAGAGAAAGAGGCUGCCGAGAUGGAAAAGAAGUAUGGCAAUAUUCCUGGCGUUUAUCACAGGAUCAACGUUGGCAGAGAUAUAGGAGACAUUGGUCUUGAAGAGUUGGAAGAGCUUGGACAAGUCGCAAGUCAUACGAGAGCAUACCUUCGGAAGGAUGGCAUCAGUCGUCAAAUUGAUGGCAUUGUGGCGGCGUUGGCACACAAGACUCAGCCGGGAAUUCGAUUACAUCAGCUUGGUAGUAAUCAUAUAACAUUACCUUCAGUCACUCAACACAUUUGCUUUCCACGCUCCCAAGCUGAUCGACAUGGUUUCGUGCCUAGAUCUUGCAUGCAUGAAAUUGACUAUAUGUUCAAUGAUGUGUUGCUAAAACGAUCAUCGAAAACUAUAGUUCUUCAAGGAAUGGGAGUAUCGCAAGGCGGUUUUAAUGCUGUGCUGUGGGUUGAUGGUACUGCGAAGACGUCAGUCGAACAAAGCUUCAGUAGAAUUGCAGACUCAAUUAUUAGGAAAUCCCUGGAAGCAGUUGAUAUAAAAUCUUUUCCAGCCCUAGUACGUAAUCAGAUUGAAACGUGGAAAGAGCUGUGGCUUCUCGUCUUUGACAAUUUCGAUGAUCCCGCAGAUUAUGACAUCAAGGAAUAUCUUCCACAAAGCGAUUUUGGUCUCAUCAUCGUAACAGGUCGUCAUCCAGCAGCCAAUGAUCUUGGCUACUAUAUAUCUAUUGGCGAUCUGCUCGAGGAAGAAGCUAUGAAUCUACUUUUCCACCGGACGAAUCAAGAGAGAACGCAUGAAAACAUUGAAGAUGCCCGCAAGAUAUGUUGUCAUCUUUCAUGCUUGGCAUUAGCGGUGGAUCAAGCUGGAGCAUACAUCAAGUCUACAGGAAUCGACCUCAGUCCAUUUAUUGAGCAUUUCAAUAAGCAACAAAAUAAUAUUAUGGCAUGGUCUCUGCCCCUGAAGACUUACAAAAGACUGGACCCACCGGCCCCCGAUCAAGAAAUAACGCUCACUGUCUCCACUACAUGGGAGCUGUCCUAUAAUCGUAUAUCUGGUUCCAAAGAGAUUAAUGAGGCCAAGAGACACUUUCUUCUCGUUAGCGCUUUUUUGAUGGCAAUCGCAUAA